UCGAAAAAAGUGACGCGGCGGCGGCGGCGGCGGCGUCCAGCUUCGCUAAGCUCGGAGGGAAGAUGUCGUUUGUGAGGGCGGGGCGCUCACAUCGCAGUCAGGGCAAAAGGCCUCCUCGCUCCAAGAAGUCAGGCACUCCUAAGAGAGACUGGGUGAGCACUGUCAACGAUCUCACGGUGCACAAGUUAACGCCAGAGGAGCUGAGACAUCGUCAUGAAAUCCACAAGUCUCACAACAGGGCUGCAGCUCAGUGGGAACUGAGAGAAAAGGCCCUGAAACAGCGAUUCAGGCAGCCCGGAAGCCCCGCACCGCUGGACAAAGCCAGUCUCACCAUCAUCAGGGAGGUGUUCUCUGACCAGCUGUUGCUGCAAGAUGUGUUGGCCCGCUCAGAUAAAGCCAUGGCUGUGGUCAAAGACCUGUUUGGAGACGCUCCUCGCAGGCAUAUUGGGCAUCCCAGUGUGACCAUGGCUCCAGACUGUGACUCAAGUUCUGUAUUGCCUGUGGUCCAGCGACCAGAUCCACCAACCCAGUUGUCCCUUCUUAGCCAGUCCACGAUGGACCAACAGGCCCUUAAUGAAAUUGAAUCUUCCGAGGAAGACUACAGUGAAGAAGACACUUGUCCUACUGCCAGCUCCAACCCCGUUGUAGUACACAGAACCAAUCUACUGAAAAAGAAGGCCAAGGCACAACAGCAGAAAGCACAGUCUAACUCUGGUUACCAGCAGGGGGGAGAUGGUGGUCCUGUGACUCCUUGUACAACAGGGAGAGGACCGGACCAAGCCGCUCUCAAUGCCACGGCGGCAGUUAAGCGCUUGCGGUCCAGGCUGGGCCAGUCAGAGGACCAUGAGGAGGAGCCCUCGAGACUGAUCACUCAGGUGCUGAACCCUGAGGCCACGCUCAAGCAGUCAGGUAGGAGAAGUGGUCGCUCCUCCAGAACAAGGAAGAGUCGCUCAGGGUUUGUUUCUGAGAGCCCAGGUCUAGAUUGUUCCGCUGUCAGCUCUGCAAGCGGGAACCAAUCUGGACUAGGCCUGUUACAGGCCAUGUUGGAACAGGUGGAGGCUGAGUUGGACUCCCUGGGUUGCCAGGAGGCUCACACAGCACCAGGCGUUAGUCCAAACCUGGAUCCACAUCCACACAAAACGCAAGGCCUUGCUGGAUUCUCUGUUGCUCUAAUUUCUACCUUAGGACGUCUUGUACACCUACUGAAACAGAGGGAGGAGGAUGCACAGAAGAAAGCUACGGAGUUCAGCAGACUGGAGGAGGAGGUGAAAGAGCAGCGGGGCUUGAUAGAUGCUCUUACUGCGGAGACCCUGGCUUUGAGAGAGGAGAGUGCCACCCUGCAGGCAGGGCUACAGUGCCGCACAGCUGAACUGGAGCAGAGGCUGGACACCAUGGUGCUGGCACUGGGAGAACUUGGACUAAUGGGGCUGCGCACAGAUGACGGACCAGAAGACCGUGACAUCAGAGCUACAGUGCGUCACAGCAGGCCACCUUUCCCCGGGCGAGAUCCUGAGCAAACACAAGCCUCUGUUUCUCCUGCUGUUCUGCUCUCCCCUCCUCAACAAAGAGACAGCCAGCAGCAUAGCCCAGGGUUUCAUCCUGUACUUUUACAUCAGGAACGUCCUCUUCUUGAUACUCUGUGUUACUGCGAAGAUGCUGAGGCCUACAGCCAUGCUUCUAGCCUCUCCGGCUUGCCUGUCCAUAGCCUCUCCAGCUUGCCUCUCCAAAGCUUCCCCUCCACCUCCUCCCUGGACCCAACCUCCAACCGUCUCCGCUCACAGCUCUCCCAAGAAGCCAUGUUGGCCGAGAUUGCUCAGCUGGGCCGACAGAAUGACCUGAUCAGAAACCAGUUGAACCAGGCAAACGGUCUUUGCCCAGGUGUCAGAGGAUCACUUGACAGUAGCAUAGAUAGGAGAGGCUCUUCUCCCAGCAGCACAGGGAGAGCCAUACCUCAGGCAGUUGGUGACGGGAGGAUGUUGGGGUCCAGUAAUGCAGGCCAAAGGACGCAGCAGAUCCAGCACCUUCCACGACAGUCUCCACAGCAUGACAUUCCCAGUAUGAGCAGUGUGGAGCAGCGCCUCCUAGAACUCAACAAGCAGAGUGCAGUGGCCAGGAGCAGACUCCUGGAGCUGAUUGAGCAGCAGAAACACAGCGCUUCGGCCAGGGUAUCGCGCUCUGUCUCCCCCAUCCCGCCAUCCGCCAUCAGCCCACACACAGCAGAGAGAGGAGGGACUCCAGAGUCAUCCAUGGACCUACUGUCCCAGCCUGGUGGUGGUGGGAGCCGAUCUGCUGGUGAAGUGACCUCUCAAAGAAAUACAGAACAGACAAGGAAUGGUAAGACACAGACGGGUGCCACUGACAUCAUCAUCACCCCAUUUUCUCAGGUGUAG